AUGGUGUUCGAUACGAAGAAGUUCUUUCGACGAUCAGAGGCACAGCCGCCCUCAAAGAGUAGUAAGAAAAGAAAUAUCAUCUUCAGGCGGAAGUCGUUGGACCACAAGAAGUUUUCCGACGUUCUUUCGACGGAGGAAUACAACGCUGUGGAUGAGCCUCAAUACUUUGGUCCCUACGCCCACAUCCGCAAGCAACUUGAUUACACUUAUCAUAGGCAUUAUCGAAAAGAAAGGCAAUGGCUUCAGGAUUCGAUUAUAGAGGAUAUUUUGGACCAUGAUGGGGAUGGGGUGGAGUGUGUGACUCCGACGCAACCUUGGUUGAUUUUUACUGUCGGACCAAGAGGAGCGGGGAAAAGGCAAGUUAUUCGAGAUUUGACAGAACAAGGUCGACUGGGGCUUUUGACGCAUGUGGGUGUGGACUCUGAUGCUUUGAGAAGAAGAUUACCAGAAUACGAAACGUAUCUGAAAUCGAGACCAGAUCAAGUUGAUAAUCUAACCAAAAAAGAAGCGGGUCUGAUUUGCGAAAUAUUGACACUGGCAGCCAUUCAAGCUGGUCGGAACGUUAUCCUUGACGGCUCUCUGUCAAAUGUACAAUGGCACCUCAAUCUGAUCAACCGACUCAAGGAAGAGUACAAAUUGUUGAAAUUUGGAAUUUUUAAUGUUACAGCCCCGCAAAAGAGGAUCGUCAAACAUGCACAGAAAAUGGCAAUUGCGACCGGCAGAAAUUUUUCCCGAGAAUCAAUUUUUCGUGGCAUGGAAGCAAUUCCAGAUGCCAUCGAGGCUCUGAGACCUGUGGUGGACUUUGUCUGCGAAAUUCAUAACAACCGUAGUGGUUAUCAGCUCGUUGAUAUGGAUUGGGAUGACUUUCAAGUUGAAUUCUUGCAGAUGAGCGCAUGGCAACCGGGUAUGCAAGGAAAGCAAAAGCGCACAGUAUCCCGACGACAGUCUAUCCAGGCAAGGGAAGCCACGAUAAGGAGCUCAAGAGUCAUGAGAAGGAGGUUUUCAGUUUUGAUUUCAUCUGAAGAAAACAAUGCCUCAGACGACAUGACCUUUUUUGGAAAGUUCUCCCAUAUUCGGAAGACUCUCGACUACACAUAUCAUUCCAACUACACUUUUGAAAGGCAGCAUUUACAGGACCGAAUUAUUAUUGAUAUGCUAGACGACGCCUUCAUCUUUGAUGCCGAUGGCAAAGUUGGCACUGUACCAACGGAACCGUGGAUUGUCUUCACUGCAGGCGCAAUGGGGUGUGGAAAGAGUCACACGAUGCAAACACUUGUGGACAAGGAAAGGUUUCCGUUGGGGAGUUUCGUUUCCGUUGACCCAGACGAAGUGAGGCGACUUCUCCCAGAAUACCACAUGUACAUUAAUGAGAAUGCUGAACUUGCAGGGGAAUUGACAAGGAAAGAGGCUGGCUACAUAGCAGAAAUUCUAACGCUGGCAGCUCUUCAAGCUGGGAAGAAUGUCUUGGUGGAUGGAUCACUGAGGGACUCGGAUUGGUACACUCUGUACUUUAAAAGGCUCCGAGAGGAUUUCCCACAUGUCCGACAAGCCAUCAUUCACGUGACAGCUCCAAGAGAGGCUGUUUUUCAGCGUGCUGCUUCAAGAGCGCUUUCAACAGGAAGAAUUGUGCCGAUAGAAGUCUUGGAAGCUGCAUUGGAUCAAGUACCUAAGUCAGUAAAGAUUUUGGCUCCACAGGUGGAUUACUAUGCGGAGGUCAACAAUCCUGAAAAAGUUCCAGACGUUGAACUUGUCAAGCCCGUCGGCUCAACUUGGGAAGAUUUCCGAAAAACAUGGCUUCAAACAGUAGCCUACGUGCCAACAAAACAAAGAAUGGCGAAAGUUCUACAGAAAAAACUGAGGAAGAGCAGUUUCGACAACGACGAUGCCGUUUGUAACGAUUUCGGCAACGGAGAUGCUAAAGACACGCAGUCAUAA